CUUAAACGCCCAAAAGCACACGAGCCGUGACGGUCCAAAUACCUAAACCAGCUCAAACGUGCUCACUCCUAUUUUAAAUCCCUGUCCUUGUCAUUCAGCCGGUUCCGCAUGGCACGCACCCUGAGGCGGCAGCUGAAGAACAAACUCGUUUGUCACUACCUAUCCAAUUCUGCAUAAAAUUUAUAUGGCUCUUGGCUUUAUGUACUGAAAAUAUAAUAAAGUAAGCGAAGCUUUUUUAAUGGACGGCUACCCCCCAGUAUCGCUGUCGGGAUAUAUUGGAGAUCCAGAUGUCCGGGAUUCUCGUCCCGUCCUGUAUGCGACGCAGCAGGCGACACGUUAAGAUGUCAGACUAACACUUGGUAACGUCGGAACUUGAACUUUCGCAUUGGCUUAUGGCGUAACUAUCUUAAUUAGAAAGGUUAGAUAGGUUAGGUACCUAGGUAUAUUAUUAAUGGACGUGGAUAUAUUGUUGAUGGCUAUGGCCAUGCCAUCCAUACAGGCAUAGCAAGUAUCGCAAGUAGCGACAACAUCUACGGACUUGACCAUAGAUAUGAGUGGCGCUUCGACGGCAGAGGGCAAGCAAACGGAUUCAGGCCAACGAUAUGGGAACAGGCGAUUAGGGCGUCGUUUCACAUGGUCCAAUUCGCGGUGGCGUAUUUCGUUAUGUUACUCGCAAUGUACUAUAACGGCUACAUAAUCAUAUCCAUCUUCGUCGGCGCUUACAUUGGCGCAUUUAUCUUCCACUGGGAAUAUCUGGGCUGGGGGUAUGCUGUGUGGUGGCUGGUCUCCGAAUAAUAUUGCUAAUCGCUUCGCUUCGCUUGGAAGAUGUAGUGUGACGAACGAGAGUAAGGAGCCGACUGUGUGCUAUGGGUAGUGUUACUAUUCGGGUCUUUGGUGGCAUGCUGUUGUAUCACUAUGUUGUUUUUGUGAUACGGGAAGUUCGGGGGAGGUUCAUGGGCCGAGGAUGAGUUGGGCCCGGCGAUAGAAGGGUAAUUAAGGGGUUGGAUAGACUAGAGUUGCAUUUUCUUGUUAUAAAGCGGCUUUAUAGUAUAAAACUAGUUGGGAGUCUCUUAAUUUUGGUAUUAAACAGCUGUAUAACAAUAAUAAUAUAGUUAAUUACCUGC